UCACCUCAGCUUCCGUCAAUCCACCGAAGACAUGUCGCUGGCUAAGUCCGUCUACAAUCUGCUCUUCAGGAGAACGUCCACUUUCGCCGUGACCAUCAUGGUUGGAGCGGUCUUCUUUGAACGACUGUUUGACCAAGGAGGUGACGCAAUUUUUGAGGAACUGAAUCGCGGGAAACUGUGGGAACACAUCGAACACAAAUACGAGAUCAAGGAGGAGGAAUAGGUCGGGUUACCUAAGGCUGAAGUGCAACUGUUGUCACACUUCCAUUCUCCAUUCUUCCUGGACUCCACACCUGAAUCAAUCAUCAGUCAACAUGGACAAUGUGCUCAAAAGUCAUGCCAGGUGGGACCUGUGAGAGCCGCUUGACUGUCCAGACCACCUUGAAGAUGGAGCAAACGGUUCCUGUCACCUCGUCCCCUCCUUCCUGUUGUUAGAUGUAAUGUCUACGUUCCCCCCACAUAUUGUAAAUGCUUAAAUUAAACAUGUUAAUGACGUACAAA